GAAGCCUCUGGCAAAUAAAGGACUUAUAUGUAUUCUAUUAUAUUCGUGAUGUUCCCGAAAAACGACCAAAUUUGGUUGUUGCAACGUUCGCAGUACUCAGUGCGAUCAAGAUGAAGUAUAUUUCGGGAUUUUUUAUUUCCGCAUUUCUGUUAGGGGUUACUCAUGGCCACGUGUUAGGCAUCCUCAGGGAGUUGUCCCCCUGGAUCACCGAAUUAUCCGACACCAUCACCCACGUGUUGAAAGAUACAGGGGGAGUAAUUGGUCACACAUUCUCUUCCCUCGAUUCCAUAAUUGAAGGAGGCGAGGAUUCAAUCGUGCAAUUCAGUAAUAACAUCGAGGACAUCCUAAACGGUUGCCCGGACGACUCACAACAUCAACAAUGUGCUGCGCAACUCAGGGCUGUAUCUCAAGGCAUAAACAGUACCAUUCUUAGAAUCUGCAUAGACGAGACAAGAAUCAGAAACACCCUAUCUGAGAGACUGGUCCAAAUAUCCAAACUGAGGACGCAAUGUAUGACGACGUUUACCAGAUGUCUGAAGCAACCUCCGAUUGACCAAUGCAUCAAAACUGAAAUCAACACAGUAAAAUCCAGCAUUCAAGAAAAUGAACUCACUCUUCAUAAGGACGUGGAAAGUAUUUGUGCAGAGGUUAAGCAAUGCGUAAGUGACAGGGCACAACAAGUCUGUGGUACUCUGCAAUCUGCGAUAGAUGAUUAUAAAAAAUGCAGUGGAGAUGACUGAUAUAUGUAAAUAGAUGGAUGUGAGCUCUUUCAAUAAAUAAACUCUACGUGACUAAAUCGAAAACAAUAAACAGAACGUUCCGGAAAA